GGCUCCCGAGGUGUGGGCUUCAUUCGCUUUGAUAAGAGGAUAGAGGCUGAAGAGGCCAUCAAGGGCCUGAAUGGCCAGAAGCCAUCAGGUGCUGCUGAGCCCAUCACGGUCAAGUUUGCCAACAACCCCAGCCAGAAGACCAGCCAAGCCCUUCUGUCGCAGCUCUACCAGUCUCCCAACCGCCGAUACCCCGGCCCCCUGCACCACCAGGCCCAGAGGUUCAGGCUGGACAAUUUGCUUAAUAUGGCCUAUGGCGUAAAGAGGUUCUCUCCCAUUACCAUUGACAGCAUGACCAGCCUUGUUGGGAUGAACAUCCCCGGGCACACGGGCACCGGAUGGUGCAUCUUUGUCUACAACCUGUCCCCAGAUUCGGAUGAGAGCGUGCUCUGGCAGCUGUUCGGGCCGUUCGGCGCCGUCAACAAUGUCAAGGUGAUCCGUGACUUCAACACCAACAAGUGCAAAGGCUUCGGCUUCGUCACCAUGACGAAUUACGACGAGGCGGCCAUGGCCAUCGCCAGUCUCAACGGCUACAGGUUGGGCGACCGUGUCUUGCAAGUCUCCUUCAAGACCAACAAGACACACAAGUCC